UCUAGAAAAAACCAAAUCAAUCUAAAAAUCAAAGCUGCAACACACCACAGUAAGGCCGGCGAGGCAGGACGGCUGGCAGCGAGAGAAAGUGAGGGAUCCGGAGCAAGAGAGAGAUGAGAGGAAGCGGCGGCAUCGCUCGCCGGCGACGAGGAAGGCGCUGCGUGUGAGGGGAGAGAGAACUUAGGGUUAUAUAUGUAUUUUUUGGAUAGUUUGGAUUUCUAAUUUGCUGGACUUUGUAAAAUAAUAGGGGCAUAUAUAAUUCUAAAUUAAGAUCUUAUCCAUUUCCCUCACUCUUCUUCUCCACCAUUUCUAAAUUCCCCAAAAAUGGAAGUCACUCUCUUCACCCUCCCCUCCUCCUCCCUCUCCCUCAAAUCCCACUUCCGCAACCCCUUCCUCACCACCACCCACCUCCCCCCAACCCUCCGCCCCCAAUCGCCGCCCCUCCCCAAAAUCCAAGCCGCAAUCAGCCGCACGAAGAAGGAAGAGACCGUCGAAAAGGUCAAGCAAGAGCUCGAUUCCUGCCACCUAAUCGCCGCCAUCAGCUACAAGGGCCUCACCGUGUCGCAAUUCCAAGAGCUCCGCACCCAAUUGCCCGAGACAACCAAGCUCCUCGUCGCCAAAAAUACCCUAGUCUACAAGGCAAUCGAGGGCACCAAAUGGGCGGCGCUCAAGCCCUGCAUGAAGGGCAUGAACGCGUGGCUCUUCGUCCACAGCGAGGAGAUCCCGGCGGCGCUGAAGCCCUACCGGACCUUCCAGAGGGAGAAGAAAUUGGAGGAGAACGACUUCACCGGGGCGGUUUUCGAGGGGAAAUUCUACGGGCCCGGUGAGUUCAAGGCGCUCGAGAAUUUGCCCACGAGAGCGGAGGUUUAUGCGCAGAUUUUGGGGUCGAUUAAGGCGCCGGCUUCGGCGGUGAUCGGGACGAUUCAGGCGCCGGCGAGGGAUUUGGUAUUGACACUGAAAGCUUAUUGCAAGAAAUUGGAGGAGGAAGGCCAAUGAUGGUAAUGUAAUUGUUUUUUUUGGUGGGGGGUUUGGUUAAAGGGGAAUUGUAGCAUAAUUUGCUUGUAUAAUUGAUGAUACAUUUGAUGAUAUUUUGCUUGUUUGAGGUAUUAUGCGAAAUUUGUAUGUGAUUUUGGAGCUUGGUUCUUUGUGAUUAGCUAUGCUGUAUAAUUUCGAACGGCGCUACUGUUGGGGUAAAUUUCUGUUAAAUUCAACCUCAAUUAUGUGGA